AUGGACAAUUCCCAAAUUCCUCCUUUAGAAAACAAAGAAGAACCAAAGAAGUCGUCAAAUUCAGGAUUCCCUCUUAUUUCUCCAUCACCAUUGGCACAAGGAUUUGAUUCAUCUCCACUUCUCAAAGCAGAAGCUCCAUUCCAGCCAUUGAUGGGUGCAGCUCUUCCUUCUUUAGAAGCCAUACAAGCAGAACCAGAGCCAUCCAAUGACAUCAAAGUGGAACAGACAGGAAAUGUUGGAUCAUACAAAAACGAUUCUUUAUUUGCAAGUUCUGUAACAAACGAAAUUCCUGAUCCAUCAGCAUUUCCUUCUCUUCCUAAUUUCGACUCUCCUCUCGCACCACAAGAGCCGCAGUUCAUGGACAUCCCGACAGCAGACGAAGAAGUCUCUCCUCUCACGAGAAGCAACAUUGGAAAUCUCCCUCAUUUUGAUACUUCAACACUUGAUUCCAGCCAUUUAGGAAACCUUUCUGACCCUCGAAUUGAAGAAAUUGAUUUGUCAAAUUUAAACAAUUUCGACAACCUUCCAAUUCCUUCUUCAAUGGACAACUUGCAGCCAAUUGACGGAACUCUCCCUCCAAUGGACAACUCUCUUAAUUUACCUCCAAUGGACGGAAAUCUUCCACAAAUUGAUCAUUUGCAACCAAUGGAUAACUCCCAAAUUCCUUCUCUGGACCAACCAAAUCUUCCUCCAAUGGAUAAUUCAAUGAAUUUACCUCCAAUGGAUAAUUCAAUGAAUCUUCCUCCAAUGGAUAAUUCAAUGAAUUUACCUCCAAUGGAUAAUUCAAUGAAUUUACCUCCAAUGGAUAAUUCAAUGAAUCUUCCUCCAAUGGAUAAUUCAAUGAAUCUCCCUCCAAUGGAUAAUUCAAUGAAUCUCCCUCCAAUGGAUAAUUCAAUGAAUCUCCCUCCAAUGGAUAAUUCAAUGAAUCUCCCUCCAAUGGAUAAUUCAAUGAAUCUCCCUCCAAUGGAUAAUUCAAUGAAUCUCCCUCCAAUGGAUAAUUCAAUGAAUCUCCCUCCAAUGGAUAAUUCAAUGAAUCUCCCUCCAAUGGAUAAUUCAAUGAAUCUCCCUCCAAUGGAUAAUUCAAUGAAUCUCCCUCCAAUGGAUAAUUCAAUGAAUCUCCCUCCAAUGGAUAAUUCAAUGAAUCUUCCGCCAAUGGAUGGAAAUCUUCCUUCUUUGGACCAACCAAAUCUUCCUCCAAUGGACAAUUCCCAGUUUGGUCAGAUUCCAUCUUUGGAUCAAUCAACUUUGCCUCCAAUGGAUAACUCAUUAAAUCUUCCUCCAAUGGACAAUUCACAAAUUCCUUCCUUGGAUCAACCAAAUCUUCCGUCAAUGGAUAACUCGUUAAACCUUCCACAGAUUGAUGGAAAUCUUCCUCCGAUGGAUAAUUCACUCAAUCUUCCACCAAUAGGAAACCAAGACUUCGGACAGCUUCCUCCAAUGGAUCAACCAAAUCUUCCCCCAAUGGACAAUUCUCUUAAUUUACCUCUAAUGGACCAACCAAAUCUUCCUCCAAUGGAUCAAUCAGCUCCACAAAAUGAACUUAAAUUGCCAGAUUUGGGUGGAAUUCCUCCUUUACCAGGUGAUAAAAAGAAGAGCAAUGGAAAUAUUCCACAACUUUCUCUUCCAAACCUCAUUUUACCACCAUCAUCUUCAGACAAAUCAGGAAGUGGAAUACCUCCUUUGUCAAUUCCUCCUCUUGAUGCAAAUAAAACGUCAAACAGUGGUUUACCACAAUUGAAUCUUCCUCCAAUGGAUUUAUCGAAACCAAAAAAUUCUUCACAAAUUGUUCCACCACCUUUGAACCUUCCAGAUCCAUCAAAACCACCAGCUAACCCUGGUGCACCUCCACCAUUAAAUCUCCCAGGAAUCGGAGGCAUUCCUCCUCCAAACAAUUCUCCUUCAGUUUCCCCACCUUUGAACCUUCCAGGAAUAGGCGGAUUGCCAACUUUUGGAGCAGAAGGAGGUGCUCCACCACCUUUGGGAAUGCCAGGAAUCGGGGGAUUGCCAACUCCUGGAGCUGGAGGUGGAGGUUUGUUUACUGUAAAUGCUGCGGAUUUGGCAGCUUUGACAAGUGGAGGUAAAAAGAAACUGAAAAAGAAGAAGAAAGUUACAAAGAAAGAUGAUGAAUUGCCUCCAAUCGAGUUCUAA